AUGAGCCGCGUCUCUGCGCCUCACAAUGAUCAUGAUGAGUUUGACCAGUCUAUACAUCAUGCGCAAACACUCCCUCCAGCGGAUCACGGUCGCGAUGCAUAUGUCGCUUUGGCCUGCUGCACCAUUGCACAGGCUCCCAUCUGGGGCUACUCAGUAUCGUUUGGCAUCUUCCAGAAGUACUACAGCGACCCAAUGCACGGCAUCGAUGCGUCCGCCGGGGCCAUCGCCACCGUGGGGUCCAUGCAAAUGGGCAUCAUGUAUCUCCUGAUGCCCGUCUUCUUCACCAUACUGAACAGAUACCCAUACCUGCGGCGCUGGUGCGGCCCUCUUGGACUGGUACUCACGGUGACGAGCCUGUCUGCUUCUGCCUUUGUCGGCAGCAUCGCCGGUUUGAUCGCGACGCAAGGAGCUCUCUAUUCCAUCGGAUGCGGGCUUCUCUUCAGCCCCAUCUCCCUGUAUAUGGAUGAGUGGUUCAUUGAGCGGAAAGGCAUCGCCUAUGGCAUCAUGUGGUCUGGCAAGUCAUCUGUCGGCGUCGCAAUGCCUUUUCUCUUCAACCUCCUGCUGCAACGGUUUGGGCUUCGAGCAACCAUUCUAUCCUGGGCCAUUGCGUCGGCCAUAUUGAUAUCGCCAACACUUUUCCUCCUCAAGCCACGCAUCCCCUUACAUGCUAUAUCGCACACUCGGCCGCUGUCAUUUGCCUUUCUCCGGCACGCUUCAUUCUGGACGAUGCAGCUCGGAAUAGUCGUCCAGUCGUUUGGCUACCUCAUGCCCAGCACGUAUCUCGCCAGCUACGCCUCAGCCAUUGGGCUUUCUUCGGUGACGGGUCCCAUUCUGCUUGCGCUGUUUUCCAUGGCCUCAGUGCCGGGAUCGUUAGUCCAUGGCUGGCUCGGCGAUAAGCUGUCAGCAACGAAGGUCAUCCUUCUCUCGUCCUUCGGCAGCGCCCUGCCUGUGUUUCUGCUCUGGGGGCUUGGCCACCAGAUGAGUACAAUGGUAGUCUUCGUCAUCCUCUACGGCUUCUUUGCUGGCGGAUUCAGCUCGACUUGGUCGAGUAUGUUACUUGAGAUCAAGCGAGAUGACCGAGCUGCAGAGACGUCUCUUAUCUUUGGCCUCUUGCUGGGAGGUCGAGGGCUAGGAUAUAUGAUUGGAGGACCGAUCAGUGGUGCUCUUGUGUCGUCCAAAGGAGCCAUUGCGGAGGAGCCAUUGGGCUAUGCUACCAAAUACGGGCCCAUGAUUCUCUGCACCGGCGUUACUGCCGUUAUGGGGGCUUGGGCUCCGUUGUGGAAAGGCGCGAGGAUUGCAAGCAGGGCGGGAAUGAAGACUUGCUCCCGUAUAUUUACCUCUACUGCGUGA